UCAUUUGAAAGCCAGGGAGUUGGCAAUUCCCUCCGCGUUGGCGCUGCUAUACCUUGUUGCAGAUUUGAAGUUAGAACAAACUGCCGCUUUUCCGCCUAGGUUGAGUGUUGUUCGCUGCUUGUGGUUUUGAGAGCUUUUCUUGGGAAAACAUUCUGAAAAAAUGAAGACUGAGUUGUUCGCCUUUACUUUACUCUUCUGCAUAAUAAGUUGCCGAGGACGGCCGGAUGGCGCACCAAAAUCUUCAUGUUCGACCAUGUUACCUGCACAUCAUGGAAUUGCAGAACAGCGUAGCAGUUCACCGUACACCGUCACAGCAGAAAGAUCAGGCAAUAAAAUCAGAGUAAUGAUCUCCUCCCCUUCUGGUGAACCAUUCCAAGGAUUCAUUCUACAGGCACGAUCAGCAAAAGACCGCCAGAAAAUGAUUGACGGAAAAUUUACGCAACAAAAUGGUAUUUCAAAAACCAUAGACUGCUUUAGGGGAUCACAGAAUACUCUUACUCAUGCGAAUACAAAUGGCAAGCGAGAAAUCAUCACAGAAUGGUCUCCAGGUGAUGAGGUCGAUGAAGACAUAAUUUUCAGGGCAACUGUUUCUGAAUCAUUCUCUGUUUUUUGGACUGAAAUUGAUUCAUCUCCUAUAAGAAUGGGAAAUAAUGGUGGCUCAUCAAGCAGAAGAAAGGAAGACUCGCACACAAUGUAUGACAACUGCUUCGUUUCAAAAGGAUGCCUCGGUUACCCUCCAGGCUGUGUAAAUCGUGGAGACUGUGAAGUCUUACUUUCAUAUGCAAAUGACGUGGAUGGUAUAGCUUUCAAAAUGUAUGGAUUCUUAGAGCCUCAGACGUACAUGGCAAUGGGCUUAAGUACGGAUUCUCGAAUGGGUGAUGAUGCUGUUACCGAGUGUUUCAGGCAAGGAUCAAGUGUUAUUGCUCGUGAGUCCUGGAAUAACGGAAAGAGUAACACAGCGAACAGAGAAUUGCCACGGGAGAAAUACAAUGCUGAGUUCACGAACGGCUUAACAAGUUGCUCUUGGACAGCAAAAUAUAUUCAAGAAUCUCACGGGAGACGAUUCGAUUUAGCUAAUUCGACAUAUUACUUACUUUUAGCCAAAGGACCGAUGAAAAAUGGAAAACUGAGUUACCACAGUGGAAGGCUUUCAACCCAAGAACCUGUAAAUUUCACAGGUUUCGAUGUCGUCGAAGGAGGAGUAGAUGAUUCAAUCAAAAUCCAUGGCACUUUCAUGAUUACAGCAUGGGUUGGCUUUGUUAGUAUAGGAAUAUUACUUGCCCGCCAUUUCAAGUCUGCAUUUGAAAAUCGUACACUCUGUGGAGUUAAGAUAUGGUUUGCUCUUCACAGAGCUUUCAUGAUCGUCGCCCUUAUUUUUGUUGCUAUAGCUUUUAUUGUAAUAUUUGUUUACAAGAAUGGAUGGAAUUACGAAACCAGAAAUCCUCAUGCUAUAUUAGGGUGCAUUGCUACAGCUUUAGGUUUAUUUCAGCCAAUAAUGGCAGCUUUUCGUCCAGCGCCUGACCACCCAAAGAGACCUAUUUUUAACUGGCUUCACUGGGCAGUUGGAAACUCGGCGCACAUAAUUGCAGUCAUCACUAUAUUCUUUGCUGUAUCGCUCGAAUCUUCCGGCUUGAAGGAAAAUUUUUAUUGGGUGAUGUCAAUAUUUGUAAUUGUCCAUGUAGCUUUCCACCUUAUAUUUCACGUGCACGCUUUUUGGACUGCGGGAAAGAAAAAAAACAGCGAAGUUAAAAUGCUCGAAAUGAACGCUGGAAGAGGAAACAAUAAUAUGCAGAAUAAUUCACAAGAAAAAAAUUCCUCAGAAAGUGUGUUCCGCCUUAUGCUUUUAGGAAUCUAUGUCAUCUUUCUUAUCGUUCUCAUCCUGGCGAUGUACGCUAUUGUGGGCGUUGCAUAGCUCCUGACUUCCAUGGAAGAAUGAUAUUUCCGGUCAGAACAACAAAAAGUUGAAGAAAUGUGUAAUUUCUUCACGAUAAAAUCAAGUAAUUCCUUUUUUGCCUAUUUGUACUUUUUUACUUUGCAGAAUUCUGAAAAACAACACUCUUAAGAAUGUGUGAAGUUAUCUAAAAUUUUGGGUGCUUCAAGACAUUCAGCAUUCCCCUUUGUACCAAGUCUAUUGCACCCUUUAAAGCCCUAUCGGAAGGCCUACUCUGUGGCUUUCAAAUUUGAGAGAUUCUAAAGCUGUAUAUUUUCAUUGUAAUGUCCAGCUGGUGUUUUGAGACAGCUCGUUCUGUAUCAAAACUUUCCAUAUUUAUAAUUGUUUUCAUAAAAACAUUACGUAUGAAACGUAAUUGUCCAUUUCAUCAUGUACAUAAAGCAAUUUAUAAAUAAAGUGAUGUAAUAAAUUUUA